AUGUCUCUGCAGACGCCGCGCUCGCGACCCGAUGACUCGGGAAUGUCCACGCCGCCUAAGAAACGUCGCAGGCCGGCGCUGGCCUGUCACGAGUGCAGACGACGCAAGAUCCGCUGCGACCAGCAGAAGCCGUGCACCAACUGCAAGUCCAAGAGCCUGGACUGCGAAUUUCCCGACACGCAUGUCCCGGGCUUGGCAGGGCCGUCGCAUCAUCUCGAGGGAUUCGUGGCUUCCAGGACGGCGAGCCCGCCCGUAUGGAGCAGUCGUGAGCCUAGCCAGGCCAUUAGAGCACGCGAAGUCCCUGAGCACUGUCUUUCAGACUCGCCGGCAGUUGCACGCAGGCCCAACUUGCACCAUGUCAGCAGCCAUGCGGCACUGUUGAACAGGAUCGCAGAGCUGGAAAGGACUGUGACGAGGCUGUCCCAACCAGCGACUAGCCAUGCCGGAGGCACCGAGGCAGGCGUUCCGCCCAUCAUCAAUAUUGGCCACCAGGGACACCGCUUCGGCGCCCAGAGUAGUUGGAUCAACGGCACGAGCUUGUAUACCAAUAUCCUGCAACCCAUCAGUCAGGCGCAGACGGAGGACGGUCCGUUGGUGCGAUUCAUGGCAGUCUGUAAAAAGAAAGGCGACCGCAUAGAGAAGCACAUCUUUCGGCCUUUGUUCUUGAGAGAGGACAUGGAUCGUGAGGCGCGGGCCGUAUACGAAAAGGCCGACAUUGAUGUCCUUCUGGACGGGUAUCUCCAAACCUUUGAAGGCUGCCUCCGGAUCUUGGACGUGCCUACCUUUCGUUCCAAUUAUGAGGAGUACUGGAGGCAUACAAACGGACUGUCCGAGGUUUUCGUCCUCCAGCUCCAUGUCUGCCUGGCCCUGGGGAGCGUCACUCAACCAGAUGCGCUGCAGUGGCGGAACGCAGCCCACCGAUGGCUCUCCAGGGCCCAGGCAUGGAUGUCAAAGUCCAAGACCAGAGGUGAGAAGCAUAUGUCGAUUGAGGAGAUCCAACUAGCUUGCCUCGUGCUUCUAGCCGAGUUGAACAGCGCGAGUGCAGACCACAUGCACCCCUGCUGGGUCGACACGGGCAACCUGGUACGCAAAGCCAUGUGUAUGGAUCUGCAUCGCGAUCCAGCGCGCAUGAACCACAUGACCCAGCGCCGAGCAGAGGUCCGUCGCCGCCUGUGGGCUACCAUUCUGGAACUGAAUCUGCUGGUAUCUCUGCAAGCCGGGAGACCCCCGCUGAUAACUGAGGCGGACUACGAUUCUCUCCCGCCCUCAAACAUAUCUGACGAUGAUCUCACCGAUGACGCACCGCCAUAUGCUGUCUCCUACCUUAACUCAGGGCGAUGCACCGACACGGCAGUACAGCUUUCAUUCUUCCUGUCGUUCAAGCUGCGGUCGACCAUUGUCAGCAAGAUCAACAGACUCGGCCCGGCCAUGGCCUACGACGAGAUGCUCGAGCUCCAUGCUGAGCUGAGCGCGGCCCGAACAAAAAUACGGGAGGAUUUUGAGCUUCCAGUUUGGAAGAAUUGGUCAAAUGCGCGCCCAGUCACUCGUGCGCAAGGGGUGCUCGCAGAGGUGUUCUUUCAUCGGUACUUUUUGGCACUGCAUCUGCCCGUUCUGGGGCCCUCCAUUCGGGAUCCCCGAUUUCACUUCUCCAGGCGAUUUUGCUUUGCCACCGCCAUUGACAUGGUCAAGGCUACCCGAAUCAUGGAAUGGUCAUCGCCAACAAGGUGCGAGCAGCCAGACCUUGCUAGCCUGUUCACGAAUAGCCCGGGACUGUUUCGCCACAUCAUCAUCCAGGCCGCCUUCGCAGUGGCCUUGGAGACUGUCACCCAUGCCGAGGAGAGGGCCGACAACGACGACGCGCUGCCCGUCUGCACAGCACCCGAGCUCGACAAAUAUAUGGACAACGUUAGCUCCUGGGCGGCGAGUCGUAUUGAAACGGGGCUGAUUGAUGUCCGAACAUCCAUAUUUCUGGAAGUCUGUUCUCGAUAUGCGUUUACCGUGAAUGACCAGUGGUCAAUGGCACCUGGCCAGAGAGCAUUGUCAGUCGUGCACUCAGCGGUCUCAGUCGUCGCGUACAUUCUCGAUAUGCUGGAGAGGCUGGAAAGCAAGGUCGGCCUCCCUAGCGAGGACACUCGGGAUCCGCUGACCUUGCCCACUUUUUUGCAACCAAGGGACGCGCUGCUGGACUGGCCUGGUGGUUUCCUGGCGCAGGACUUGGACACGCUUGACCUGGCAUGGGGUCUCGAGGACAACGUGGACUCGCAGCUGGGAGGUGCGGGCGGCACGAAUUAUGUAUCGAUGGCGUCGAUGUAG